UCGUGAUCUACGUCAGGGCGUUGCUUCACCGUGACGACAUCACGCUGUCUCCCCGCCCCCUGCUUGAGUGCGGCUGUUAACCGGAAGUUCCGUUCCGUCGAGAACUGGGACAGCAAGCGCAUCUUCUACAGUGUAUGUGUGGCAACAACAUGUCUGUGCCGCUGCUCACCGAGGCUGUCACGGUGUCCGCCAAGGAGAAGGAGACCGCGGCGGUGAUCUUCCUCCAUGGACUUGGAGACACAGGGCAUGGGUGGGCAGAUACUCUGAGGGAGAUCCAGCCGUCUCACGUCAAGUUCAUCUGCCCCAACGCACCCUCGAUCCCCGUCACUCUCAACAUGAAGGCCACGAUGCCUGCGUGGUUUGACCUCAUGGGGCUCAAACCCGAAAACCCGGAGGACGAGUCUGGGAUCAAGAAGGCAGCAGACAACAUCAAGGCCAUUAUCGAGCAUGAGGCCAAAAAUGGGAUUCCCCCUCACCGUAUCAUUCUUGGUGGCUUCUCUCAGGGCGGGGCUUUGUCCUUGUAUACUGCUUUGACCAGUCAGCACCAGUUGGCCGGCGUCGUGGCUCUCAGCUGCUGGUUACCUCUUCACCAGAGCUUCCCUUCGGCGUCAAUUGGCAGCAAGAACAUCCCGAUCCUGCAGUGCCACGGAGAGAGUGAUUUCAUGAUCCCGGUGCAGUUUGGUGCCAUGACAUACGAAAAACUUAGAUUGACAGUCAACCCUGAUCUGAUCACCUUCAAAACGUAUCCAAACCUCUCUCACAGCUCCUGUCCUCAGGAGAUGGUGGCUGUAAGGGAAUUUAUCGACAAGUAUUUGCCCCGAAUCUGACCUCACCUCAUCUCAUCCCCUACUGUGACCCUCUGAGACACUGACCUCCCACCCCUGAUCUGCCGUUAUCCCACAGGAAACAGCCAUGAGCACCCCACCGACCCCAUUCUUCCACACACUUCACACGACACACACACACACAUGGUGUAAUAAUGAUUUGAUCCACACUGCUGAACAUAACAUACACAUCUGCCUGCAGAUUUAAUCAAACAUAACGCUGAUCUGAUACAAACAUAAACCAAGUGCUCACACUCACAAGUCUUAGCCUUUCGGAGGGAGAAACACUGACUCACAUGAAACAUUCCCUUUGGUUUUAAUUUCAACAACCUCUGUGUGUCUCUCCACUUUUACCUCAUUUUGCUUCCCUUUUUGAGAGCUGUCUUACGUUCUUUGCUUUUUACUGCAACAUGUUCCCCCUUUUGUCAUUCCUGUGUCAGUUUGUGAGAGAUAAGAUGGAACCUAACAACAACACUGAGUCACUUACCACUUUAACACCUUUCUGAUGACUCUGAGGGAUGCAAAGAUCCAACUUUUACAGCCCCAUGAUUGAAACAUCAGCAAUAACAGAUGUUCUCCUGCAAUAUGACUGUUCAACUAAGCUGGUUAGCUACCAACACUCAGUCAAGACAUGCAGAUACUGAAGGAGCGGUUGAGCUCUCAUUUGCAAAUGAUUAUGGUGCUUUAUUUGGUUCAAGCAUCACAACAUAAAGAAUUGACUUUGAAGGAUUGUCUGAGGAUUGGCUCCAUUUGCACAAUACCCAUUCCAUUUAUUUGAAUAAGUAUUAGACUGAUGUCAGUAACAGAUCAUGCAUCCCUAUUAGCAGUGCAGUCAGACUUGAUUUUGCUUCCCAUUCAUCUUUAUGUCUUAUCAUUUUUUUCCUUCUUGAUGCAAAUUGACCUGCUUGAAUUUUUUUGCACCGAGUAACAUCUGAUUAAAAUGUGUUGGUAAGGCUCUGUGGAGUUCAGGCAGUUUGAGAGAAAAAGCAGGAUGGAUCAUGAAAACUAUAAAAAAAAAAGCAGAAACAGGGUAAAAGAGAUGCCAGCUGUAAGUUAAAGGGCGGUAACAGAGGUUGCUGACAGUCCCACUUUUGUUAAAAAGCUGUGUAAUAAACAUCUUUAUGGACUGAUGUUGGUGCCCUGUUAGCUAUGCUACAACCUGCAGAUUACAACAAAAAACACCAAUCUCCUGUCGACUCCCCCUCCCGGCUUUUUGCCGUGCUAUAUCAGUAAAAUGAUUCAGGUGAAAUUCUUUCUGGCUGCUUGUUUGACUUUGGGGAAGUAAGCACUGAUUUCCCACCAAGAAAGGGUCUUGCAUUCAUAACGUAAUCAUGUCCAACAAUAAAAGGGGGCCCCAUAUUACUCUUAAUUAUGAACUGUGAUCAUACAUCAUGGAAAAUAUGAGUUUUAAUCCGAUCAAAUAAAAGAAAACAAACCAAUUGACAUCCUUGCCGCCCUGUGCUGUUUAUUUCUAAACUCCCUCACCUGCAUGUUGGCUGUUUCAUCCAUUACAUGUUCUGUGAUUCUUUUUGCAGAAUUACCUCAUUGUUUUUUUUCCGUGGAAGUAUUUAGCUUGUAGUCUUAGAGGAGAAUGACUGACCAGUAUGAGGAGCAUGAAAUAUUGCUUCCAUACGAAUGGUUGCAGGCCCACACAGACUGCACACCAGAAGUCGUUUCACUGUUGCUCCCACCGGUUUUCCCCUAUUUUAAACAUCAUUUCCCAUUCGAGUGCAUCAGCCACACCUUCUCCAACUUUGGAAAAGAACCUGCUUCCUGUGUGUGUUUUUUUUCCCACUGCAUUGAAGUAGUUUUAAACUGGCAUUAACCAUUUAACCCCCAGAAAAAUCCACGAAAAAUCGAAUUCCCAAGUCCCUCCUUUGGCAACUUACCGUUACCCACUAAUAGAAAAUGGAAGGUCAGAUUUUAAAGUUAAACUCAACACUAUUAUGGUUCACUUCUUUAAAAAAAAAAAAAAAAAAA